CCAAUGAUACGCACUACCGGAACAUCUAUUGUGCCUUUUGUAGUGGUAUACAAUACAAAGACAUCUACUUCUGGAAAAUAGGCUUCGACUGUGGAUCUAACAGGAUUCAGACAAAUCACUACCAAGGAGAUGUGUUAGAUACGGUAGGUAUCAUGAUGAAACUCUGUGACUACGAUAUCUUGCCAAACCUGGCUCCGGGUACACAGAUGCCUCGAUCAUGUACACAGGAGCAGGGAUCCGAGGAUAGGUGCAGGUGCAGUCGCGGAUCAGCACAAAAUACUUGUCAACAAUUAAGGGACACGUAUAGCUAUCCUGUAAUUGUUCAUGGAAAUUGGUACAAGAAUGUCCACUCAGCGUUCUGUAACGAAGAAUUCAAUGGUACAUCGACCAACAUAACGUGCUCCUUUGAAAACGAGAUACGAGAUCGAAAUAGUAGACCAUUUUCUCUACCGAUGUUAUUCACAUUUUCUAUGAAAGAUGGAGCCCUACUCACGACCUCAGCCAACGGCUUUGUAAGGUCCUCGAAUUCGUCGUCUUGUGACAUCAAUGAGUGGUUAGAUCCAUUUCUCAAAGAAUGCCGGGCGAUUUACUGCCCGAGCAACACAUUUGUCAUCAAUGGGGUCUGUGUGAAAGACCUCAAAACAAGUAAUCUUACUUUUGACCAAUGCUCAACGAAUAGCUCAUUCUGGAAACAGAAAUACGAAGAAAAAUUGCAAGAAACGGACAAGUACCGGCAAAGAACAUCCUGGCUCAAAAUCCGAGCUGUUUCUAAUCAUGAGUCGGCGCUCAACCUCAUAAUGGUCACAUUUCGCGUUACUCUGAAAAGCGAGAAACUUGAUGUCAACAUCAAGAAUCUAAAGACAGUGUCUUCAUCGACUAGAAACUCUACCCUCCAUACCCAAAGCAUUGUCUUCGAGCUACACCUGACCGACAACACAUCAAACUUUACCAAUAUGCCAUCUGCGAUUCGACGGGCAGUACGACUUCUGGCUUACGACAGCGGUAUAACAAUGUCGGUACUUUCUGUCGAAUGGAAAACCUACGAAUCGCUGUCCGUUCAUACUGAUAUAUGCACCGAGUCUCAAGGAGAUGUGUUCCUUCGAGUCUUAUGGGCGAAAGACACCACCGACUAUUCGGACGAUGAGUACGACGAAUUAUUACUAAACGAAGACAUGUUUAAUGAGUAUCAGCCCAAGAAAUUGACCAUCUACACGGAUAACAACAAGGAAUGGUCAAGAUUUAAUCUCCAUUGUUGCAGUAGCCCAUUGAUGUGCAGGCAGAUUUCUUUUAAUUCCUCGGAGUUUGACUGGGAUAAUGUACUCAACGGUACACUUCUACAUAAAGCGAGUGGCAUAGUCAUUCCAUCCGAUAUGUUCUCACUAGAUGGGAAUGGAUUUGUCCGGGUAUGUGAGGAUAUGUUUGGUAAUCAAAAUAUCACGAACAAACUCAAAGGCCACAUCCUCAACAGUCAGACGUACGUGACGCUUGUUGGUAACGCCAUAUCCAUCAUCUCAUUACUAGCCACAUUAGUCACCAUGUGUACCUUUCCAGAACUCCAGAACCUACCUGGCAAAAUCAUAUCUUGCUUGAGCAUCUCGCUUCUGCUGGCAAACAUCUUUCUGUUGAUAAGUUACCCGUCAUCGUCCGAAUGGCUCUGCUUGUUGUUCGGUGUUUCCCUUCACUAUAUUUGGCUCAGUGUGUUUUUCUGGGCCAACGCUCUUGCCAUAGACAUGACCCGGACAUUCCGCGUCAACUCCAAAAGGAUGGUCUUCAGGAUCAAGGGCAACGUCCAAUUCAUAAUCUACUCCUUGUACGCAUGGUUUUCCCCCGCCAUCAUCGUCACUAUCGGUGUCCUCAUACAUUUCUUGUCGGAGCGAAGGAUCUACAAUACUGUGGGUACCUGUUGGCUCAUUGCCGGUCAGCCCAUUAUAACUCUAUUUCUACUACCUUUCACCUUCUUCAUGGUUGUCAACACGGCGCUCUUUAUCGUGGUUCUGGUUAGUAUCAGCAAGACCAAGGAUGGAAUGGACAAUGUAACAGAAUCAUCCAUCAACAUCCAGCCCAGAGCAAUCGCCUGGCUUGCUAUAAAGCUCUCAUUCACGUUGGGAAUCACAUGGGCCCUUGGUUUGGUCGCUGCUAUGGCAGGCAAUCAAAUCAUCUGGUACAUUUUCAACGUCGUCAACUCCUUGUCUGGACUCGGUGUCUCACUCUCCAUUGUUGGAAAUCAGAAGGUUCUUCGGCUGUGGCAAACGAAGAUGAAACGCUGCAGAGGCACAAACGUUGAGGGUGCCACAGAAAAGAAAAGUACCAAUGUGGACAAAGCAGCGUCUGAGAGAAGAAAGAGUACGCCCAGCGACAGUUCAAAACAGAUUCUCAACGAUAGUGAAAUCUAAGCGUACAACAAGCCUGAAACAAAGUAUUCCACUACAUUCCAGUUUCUACUAAAAUCCUCUUUAUAUAUAGUCAAGCCAAGUACUAUAAACAUAGAGAAACAAAAAUGGAUCUCCUUCAUUUUUUGCUUUUAAAUUUGAAGUGAAUAUUCAUAGAGCAAAGGCA